AUGGCGCUGAGAAACUUCGGGAAGAUGUUCCUAGAAUUUCUUCUGGAAAAUCCGAAUUACGAAGACGAACUGGAGCAGAUAGGGGAACUUCCGGAACCCGGAUCGGGGGAGCAUUUGUUCAUGCUGCUCCACACCACUUAUGAUCGAUUAGCUGAGAGGUUGAAGGCGGCGGCUUUGGAGCUGAAGAAAACUGUGGUUGCUGAGACUUGGGAUUCGCUUCAGGGCCAAAUUUUUGGCGAUUUCUCCCUCUAUUCUGGAGCUCUUGGGACUGCAUUUUUGCUGUGGAAGUCAUUUCGUGUCACCGGCGACGAAGACGACCUGCGUUUCUCCUCCGACAUCAUCAAGGCUUGUGACUCUGCUUCUCUCGAUUCCAGGGAUGUUUCAUUCAUUUACGGGAGAGCCGGUGUUUGUGCUCUUGGUGCAGUGGUUGCAAAAAGCAUGAAGGAUGAGGAGCUGAUGGAUAACUAUGUCAGUAAAUUCAGAAUGAUUGAACUGCCAGAGGAUGUUCCUGAUGGACUAUUGCAUGGACGAGCUGGAUACUUGUGGGCAUGUCUCUUCAUCAAUAAACAUUUAGGCGAAGAGAUCAUCUUGCUCCAUGAAAUGGCACCUGUUAUUGAGAAAAUCGUCAGUAACGGGCGAAAAUUGGGAAGAAAGGAUGGAAGUCCAUUUAUGUUUGAGUGGAAUGGCAAGAAGUACUUGGGUGCUGCUCACGGAGUGGCAGGAAUCAUGUAUGUUUUGAUGCACUUCCCUUUACCUGAAAAUCAGCGGAAGGAGGUCAAGGAAACUCUUGUUUAUAUGAUAAACAAUCAGCUCCCCAGUGGAAACUAUCCUGCAUGUGAAGAAGAUAAGAGUGAUGUACUGGUGCACUGGUGUCAUGGAGCACCUGGAAUUGCACUUACACUUGCCAAGGCUGCUAAGUUUUUCGGCGAUGAAUUGUUUUUGCAUGCCGCUCGUAAUGCUGCUAAGAAGGUUGUGUGGGUACGUGGGCUUCUUAGGCAUGUCGGGAUUUGUCAUGGAAUCAGUGGAAACACCUACGUCCUCCAAGCUCUCUGUCAGCUUACUGGAAGUCCUGGGUUUCGUUUUAAGGCAAAAUCGUUUACCAGUUUUUUGCUUGACAGAGGUCAGGAGCGUCUGUCGGAAGGGAAGAUGUGUGGAGGAGAUCAUCCGUACUCGCUGUUUGAAGGAAUUGGGGGGAUGGCUUCUCUUUUCCUGGACAUGAUUGAACCGUCUAAUGCUAAGUUUCCAGCUUACGAACUUUAA